AUGCUCGUCUUCUGCCCCAACUGCAGCAAUGCGCUUACAAUCUCCAAAGCCGACUCGAACACAAGAUUCCCCAUGGGCGUGAACCGCUUCGAAUGUCGCGUGUGUCCCUACGAAGCCCCACUGGACAAGGAAUAUUUCGAAAAGACAGACAUGAAGCAGAAGGAAGUCGACGAUGUCUUUGGAGGCAAGGAGGAGUUUGCCAAUGCAGACAGUGUUGGAACUCAAUGCCCCGCUGAAAGCUGCAACGGGGAACGUGCAUACUUCUUCCAGCUGCAGAUUCGUAGUGCAGAUGAACCGAUGACUACAUUCUUGAAGUGUACUUCCUGCGGUGCUCGGUGGAGAGAAAAUUAG